CGUAUCCAGAAGAGUUUUUACUCUACAGAGGAACAUGGCGACGACCGGUUCUGUGCGGUCUAAAGGACAGGUGUUGUACAGGUAUUCUGUGACUCUGCACCAAUCCUCGACCAGGAGGUUUUCAGAGAGCAGCGACAAAGGCUGGUUCCGUUCCUUAUUUGUGCACAAAGUCGAUGCCAGAAAAGAUGCCCACUCCAACCUGCUGUCAAAGAAAGAGACCAGCAACCUGUAUAAAAUUCAAUUUCACAACGUCAAACCAGAGUGCCUGGAGGCAUACAACAGUCUAGAGGCUGAGGUGCAAACCAGGCUCCAUCAGGACCAGGACUACCCAUGUGAGGUGGUUGGAAGCUGGAAUACCUGGUACGGAGAACAGGACCAAGCUGUGCAUCUAUGGCGAUACAGAGGAGGCUACCCAGCCUUGACUGAAUGCCUGAAGAAACUGAACAAUAACAAGGAAUAUUUAGAGUUUCGGAAAGAGAGGGCGAAAAUGUUGAUUUCAAGGCGAAAUCAGCUCCUCCUGGAGUUCAGUUUCUGGAAUGAACCCUCUCCCAGACCAGGACCCAGCAUCUAUGAAAUGCGCACCUAUCACCUAAAGCCAGGAACUAUGAUUGAAUGGGGAAACCACUGGGCGAGGGCCAUCAAAUACAGACAGGAAAACAACGAAGCAGUGGGCGGGUUCUUCUCACAGAUUGGCGACCUGUAUGCUGUUCAUCAUUUGUGGGCUUAUGAAAGCCUCCAGUCCCGCAAUGAGACCAGGAACUCUGCCUGGCUCAAGGAGGGAUGGGAUGUAAAUGUAUAUUAUACAGUGCCUUUGAUCAGAAGCAUGGAGUCUAGAAUAAUGAUUCCCACCCAGAGUUCACCUUUGCAAUAAGAAGAUGAAUGCAACUGGGAGCCUCUCUUUUACUAAAACUCACCUACUGCCAGGCGACGUGUAGAUUUUUUUUUAUCUGUGGGACAAUCUGUGUUACGUUCAAGUAUAUAAACAAAAACAUUUUCUGAUGGUAUGUUUGCAGCAGUGAGCCAGUCCUGACAAUUACUGAUGCAGGGUUUGUAUCCUGAAAUGCCCUCGUUUCCAUAAGUUUAGGUCAAAUAUGUGGAAAAAAGGAAUGACAAACUGGCACAAUGAAAUGCCAGAUUAUAUGUGCUGCAUUACUUGCAUGUAUAUUACACUGUAGAGUGAUAAUUAAAUGACUGUGUUGAGCUAGGUAUGGUAUGUUUCCUGCUUUUUGUUUAUACCAUGAGUUAUGGUAAUGGACGGUGUAUUUGUUUUUCACAAUGAAGGAAUAGUCUCCACCCAGCCUUUUAUGGGUGCACUUUUAUGAUCAGAUAUAUACCACUCGGAAUGAGAUCACACUGAGCUUCACAGCUGUCACUGUGAAAUUCAUGUUUGAUUUAACAAAAAGAAAAUCAGACUACCUCAAUCAUUAAAAUAUCAUAAUUUUGUAAUGUGUAAAGAGCCAACAAGGAGCAACUGUGUAACUUUUGGUAUAAAGUGGUCAGUAUUUUCAAAGUAAAAGUUGAGUAACACACAGCAGUGUGGUCACUGGUCGUUACAAUACUCAGAACCAAGGUUACAAAGACAAAGAGAGGAAACUGGAUCUUGGGACUUUCAGACAUAUGGAUAAAAGGUUUUAAGCUAUCCUUAUGAUUGUAAAUUAACUUUGAAAACCGGUUUUACCCCUGUGUUGUAAAUGGUUAGUCUGGUAUCCUUCUCAUGAAAUUAUGAUAAUAAAAUCAGUUUGGUAGGAAAAUCCUCCAUGCGCAGAGCAUGUCUGACAUUUCCAGAAGAAGAAGAAGCAUGAGCUGUUUAAAUAAAUACUGAGAAGUAGUUAAAUUGACAAAUAAGCACCAGGAAAAGGAUGACAGGACUGACUAAUUAAAUUAAACAAUGUGUAGGUCAAGCCCAUCAAAGUGAAGAAUAUCCUAAUCCAAAUAUACAACAUCGACCAUUAUUUUAAUUUGUCCGUCCUGAAAAUUAAAAUGGUCAGAAGUAUGAGGACAAUUGAGCAUUAUUACACCCAUAUGUUAAUCAGAAUCCGAAUCAGAAAUUCUUUAAUAAUCCCAGGGGGAAAUUAUUUAAAUUUAUAAUAAUAAUAUAUAACACCUCAUACCAAAACCAUGGUUAAUAAUCUGCUGCUAGAACCACCUUCACUCUGUUGUGAAGGAUUUCCACCAGAUUUGAACCUGGUUGCAGGGAUUUGAUCCUGUUCUGCUAUAAGAACAUUUGGCUUCUGGUUGGCUACUGAUGUUGGGGCAGUUAGUCCUGGCUCAUAGUUGGUGAGGCGGUUUAUCCCAGAGGUGUUGAAUGGGACUGAAGUCAGGACUCUGUGCAGGCCAAUCAAGUUCUUCUAUGCCAAAUUCAUCAAACCAUUUCUUUAUGGGUCUUGCUUUGUACACAGGGGGAUUGUUUCACUGAAAGAGUAAAGGGCCUUCCCCAAACUACUGAUGUGACAUAAAGAAUAAUUAAGAAUAAAGAAGAAUAAUAAUAGAGAACUAUCACACCUUGACUGAACUGUUGAUAAACCAAAGACAUUCACUUUGUGAUGCAGAGCCACAAGUAGAUGUGUAUAUCACUGUAUGCUUUUGCAUUA